AUGUCCCUUAUCAAUAAGCCAAAGACCGUCGAAGCGGAGGAGACCCGUAUCCAUCGCAUUCGCAUUACGCUCACAAGUCGUAAUGUGAAAAACUUGGAAAAGGUGUGCACGGACCUCAAGCGCGGCGCCGUGGACAAGAACCUAAAGGUUUCUGGCCCUGUGCGUCUUCCCACCAAGAUUCUGCGUUUGACCACGCGUAAAUCGCCUUGUGGUGAGGGUACCAAUACGUGGGACCGCUUUGAAAUGCGCAUCCACAAGCGUAUCAUCGACCUACACGCCCCUUCGGACAUUGUCAAGCAGAUCACGUCGAUCUCGAUCGAACCAGGUGUUGAGGUCGAGGUGACUAUCGCGGAUUCUGCUUAA